CUGUACAGCAAACUGAAUUUACUGUGCUUGGUUUUGUAAUUGCCAUGGCUGGUUCUUGGUCAAUUCGUGUGAUAAUUACAUUAAUUAUGUUGGAGCUCAUUGCAAAAGUGGAAGUUCUACAUAUGAACGAACUACCGCUCACAAAAUCUCUAGGAUUUGAUAUGAGAGGAAACAUAAAGAAAACGUUGGAGGAUGCCCAACUUAAUCGAGAGUUAACGGGUUUAUACCAGGAUGUGAUAAAACUUAGUGAGGAGUCUUACAAAUCUUCGGAAAGGGAAGAAAACAGACUGAGAAGAAUAAUAGGGGGUGACGAAUUUGAUUUAUUAGAAGACGGGUUGAGCAGGCAUCGUAGAGGAAGAUCUUCUGUGAAGUCAGCGGCACUGCAGAGGCGGAUACGUUCCCAGGCAAUCCGGCGCGAAAAAUUGAAUAGUCAAGGAUUGAGAAAUCAUGUUACACAUACGAAAUUAUCAGUUACAGAUUAAUCUGAAUCUACGAGUGAAUAGGUAAAUAAUAUAUAAUUAAAAAAUAUAUUAAAUUUUGGAUAGACAGACAGGAACCAGACCUUGGAGUAUUC